CUUCAUCAAAACCAAAAAAAACUUGAAUCACCGUAAGUAAUCUCGAAAUUGCUUUCAUUUUGCUACAGCAUAAAAAUGCAGCUCCCAUUGUUGCUUGCGCAUUUUAAAUUGGUACUUGAUUUCACUUAGAAAAUUCGGUUAUCGGAUAGAUUCUUUCACUUUUUAUUAACUUUUUUUAAAUAAAAAACAUUUAAAAAGUUGCUUUCAUUAAAAAAAUUGUUUUAAUGGAAAACCGUCUUGUCAAACAUAAGUUAAUUGUAUUACAAAAUACGGCGGCGCUGUGCGGUCUUUCUUUCCGGCUUCCGAGAUGAGGCAGAUUUUGCAGUCUGAGACUGUGAGCGUCCCUAAGGGGGUCACGGCCCGUGUGAAGGGCCGGACCGUCAUCAUCAAGGGUCCCCGUGGCACACUGACCAGGAAUUUCAAGCAUUUGACUUUGGAUCUCCAGCUGGUGGGCAAGAACACCAUCAAGAUCGAGAAGUGGUUCGGAAAGAGGAAGGAGCUGGCUGCCGUCCGCACCUGCUGCUCCCACAUUGCCAACAUGUGCAAGGGAGUUCAGUAUGGCUUCCAGUACAAGAUGCGCUCUGCGUACGCCCAUUUCCCCAUCAACUGCGUGGUGACGGAGAACAACACGCUGGUGGAGGUGAGGAACUACCUGGGCGAGAAGUACAUCCGGCGCGUGCAGAUGCUGCCCGGCGUCACCGUCUACAACUCGACCAAGGUCAAGGACGAGCUGAUCCUCGAGGGCAACGACAUCGAGUCCGUCUCCAAGUGCGCUGCCCGCAUCCAGCAGUUGACCUCUGUGCACAACAAGGACAUCCGCAAGUUCCUGGACGGAGUGUACGUCUCCGAGAAGACUACCGUUGUUGAGGUCGAAUAAAGUCGGACCGUGCCAUCUCGGUGCA